AUGGCGAAUGAACUCGAGUUAGCAGAAGAAAUGUCAAACUCCUCGCCCGAGCAGGCGAUGGAGUUGCUUUCCUCUAUUGGUAAUACACUUUCAGAGUUUUGAUAUCAAAUUUUUAUCCUUUUUCACCAAAAACCGUUUUCUUUUUCGAUGCCCGUGCUCCAAAAUUGACUUUUCUUUUAUUCUUUUGAUCAAUGACUUUUCUAGUGAAACGCGACAUUAGUAGCAACGACGAAGAGGGAAUCAAAAUGAAAGAGCAAGCGAUCCUCAGUCUUGGAAAUUUGCUCUCCAAGCAUGGAAAAGCAGAAGGUAAAGUUAAACAAUCUUCAAGUUGGGAGCACAUCUUUUAGAACCACAUGUUAUAAUAAAUGUAAGCAAGUGAGUAAGCGUCAUAUCAUCUUAAGCUUAGCUUAAGUUGGUAUAUUACAGAAAGAUUUCCCAAAAAAAUUGAGUAGCUUUUUGAAUGGAACAGUUAAAUCUCUACUUGCCACCUUGGAAACAAAGGUAUGUGACCACUGCAUUGUAGUGAGAAGGCCAUUGUUGGAAGCGUGAUCAAGGUGUUGGUGUAUGUUGCACCAAUUUUGGAGGAGAGGGUCAAAUAUGUCUUGAAAUGCUUCUUAUAGCAAAUUUAAUAUUACUUAGGCCAUCCCAAUUUAAUACUUUGUUUCCCAUCACCUGACUGACCCAUUUUUUGGAAAAGUCAAAAAAAAAAAAAAUCCAGAAUCACUUGUAAAGAAGCAAGUAAUUUAAUUUACAAGCUCAUGAUCUUGUCUUAUUAACACGAAUUGUCUUAAAUUAUCAUCGAUACUUCGUUUUUGUAGCCUUUUUAGACAUUUGAUAGUCCUGUUAAUAUACAUCUUUUACCAUCUGAUUAUAUCUUACAGACUAAAUGUGAGAAUUAAUAGGCAAUCAUGUGUUCAUUCUUUUUUUUUUUUGCCCGACCGACUGACCCACCUUCACGAGAGGGAGGGCGAUGGGAAACGAAACAUUUUAUUGGGAUGGCCUUAACACAAUCGCAAUACAGUUGAACCGCUCCACAAUGGCCAGCUGGGCAUACACGCCAACUCUCCGGGACUAUCCGGGGGACUCCCGGAUAUGGUAUUGAUCUCCCUCUCUCCCGUAUGGGUUGAUCACCAUAUCUCCCGAGUAAAAUCAUCUUUUGAGCUUUUCUGUGCCUUAGUUCGAGAUUUAGCCCAUUUUUAGCUCAUAACGUGAAUUUUUGUUAUUCUCAGUAUGGUUUCUACGGCAUUUUUGCACAUAUUUAAUCACUGACAAAGAUUAUUUCUGGCACCAAAAUGACGAUUGCGAAUUUUGAUAGCAUUUACUGCAUGUAAAACUUCAUAUAUUGUCCUAACUGAUUCCCAUUAGGGGCUGGGUCAGUUUGGCGGGGGGUUCAUUGAAAUUCCGGGGGGGUAGUGAAUUUAGAUCCUGAGAGGUUGGCAUCUCUGCCUGGGGGACAGAAGAAAGUGGCCAUUGUAGAGCGGUGGCUGUUGUGGAGAGGUGGAAAGGUGGUUGUUAAAGGAGGUUCAUGAGUCAAUGUAUGAACUGUCCACCAAAAAAGUGGUCAUUGUCAAGAGGUGGCCAUUGGGGAGAGGUAAUCGUUAAAGAGGUUCAACUUUAUGUCAAUGAACCACUGGUCAGAGCAAAAAUGUUAACAAGAAGAAGGGUGCAAAGAGGAGUAAGUUCAUUAGUUUUCCAAUCAUUCUUUUUUAUGGCUGUUGAGGAGAGUUUGUUUAGGCAACUGGAAUGCACUCUACGGGCUGUUACAGAAGCUACAAUAGAUUGAUUAUGAGUGUAAUUUUGUUUCUUAGAGCUUGGUGGGCUUAUCAAGUUUAUCAGACCAUUCCUUAAAACAGUAUCAAAAGCCAAAGCAGCUAAACUUGUCAGGAACUUGGUGGAUGUUUUCCUGGACAUGGAGGCUUCCACUGGGAUGGAGGUAUUUGAUAAGAGUAACUUGUGGUAAUCAUAGAUUGAUAGAACACCUCAAGAUAACCAAUUCGUGUGUGAUAGUGCAUGGUUUUAAAGCACUAGAGAUCAUGUCAUAUUACAUGAUUUUGAGGCACUGGAAAAGGUGUGUGAUUUGACAUGGUUUUAAUGUGAACAUGAGCUAUGUAGCUGAGGUGAGUACAACAAUUAAGAAAAUGGCCUUCAUUCUAAACAAAACUUUACUUCUAAUAACCAUAUGUUAGGGAGUGUGGGUAAGAUUGAUUGAAAGAUAAAACCCUGUUUCUUAACAGGUGCUGUUGUUUACAUAACUUUCUUGUGAUAGAAGGUCAAGACCCGCUUGAUGAGAUUACGAGUGAUAGAAGUGUUCAGAAUGAGUUCUUUGCAAUCCAUUCAGUUUAGUGGAAGUCGAAAUGAAUACUGACUACAUACCUGUAUGUGCCACACUUGCAUAAUAACCUUCAGAUUUGGAUUGCAGGCUUUUAUUAGUAUGCCGUCUGUCAACAGCAAUGACAGCAGGUGCUUUUCAUACCUCAUAGCAGUGCAUGAUUAUUUAACAUCCAUAAAAAAACAUCUAUUUGGACAAAGAGCAUCAGUAACUGGCGCUGAAAUAAUGCAAUUUUACAUCAUUUCUCCAAGGUUGAACUGUGUAAUGAGUGCAUUGAGUGGGCCAUGCAGGAGAAAAGAACAUUUCUAAGGCAGGCUCUUCAGGUAAGUGAUGCUGUAUUGCAAAGUCAAAAUCUUUUUGAUUAAAGUACACGUAAAUAAUGUUUUUGCAUUUGUCUUCUUUAAUAAAAUUAUUUGAACACUUUGAACUCUGCAAGUACAGGAAAAUAAUUUAUUGACCUGAUUCUUGGAGUUUUCCCUACAUUUCAAGAUGUAAGCUUUUUGCCACACCUCAGUGAGUUGUUCAAAAUAAUGGUGGAUAACAAUACCAAUAAUUGUACAGCCUCAUAAUAAAUUACUUUGGUUAAUCAAAUGGUGACAAGUGAAAAAGGCUCGGGAAAUUAUUAGGAUUCGGAGAAAACACGGGUGAAAUUAUUCCCUAAUUUCAUGAGUGUACCAUUGGAUUACCUAUUAAUAUCAUGGGUGAUGAAUUAUGUUCGCAAUCUUGGAUUUUUGACACGUUCAUAUCAAUCAGGAACUCCACUCUCUCAUAAGUUUAGAGCCUAAAGUUCAGAAUUCUCUAAAUUUUUCAACAAAAUACCUGUUAGAAUCCUUCCUUAUGAGCUCUUUGGUGUGUUUAGGUUUUCUAAAGCAUCUUUUAAUGCCUUGACAUCUUCAUUCAUGUAACAUUUUAAAACUUCGUCGCCAUUGUGCCGCUGAGACAUACAGAAGGUUGCCAUGGCAAUUUCUUGAAUUGCCCACACCCAAAAAACUGACAACCAGAAUGCGGUGCGAGAUAAGCAGACAAUUCUUAGCCCAUUUAUUGAACUAACCAACUAAUUGCAAAACAAAAACAAUUGUUUACACCGCUUAGACACCAAAAAAUCAAACUGUAUACAUUUGAUCCGGCCAAAGUAAAUGAAUAAGCAAAACCACUUAAUAAUAACUGUCAAUCAUCAGGAAAGUACAACUGAAAUUGUUACGAAGAAAUGGAUUACAGGAUUUCAAUCAAAACAUAAAAAAGAACAAAAUUGAACUGUCCGCUUGUAAAAAUCCACAAUGAAACUUGUUUACUGUUCAGCAAAUAUAUACUGCUACUUUACAUAUCACACUUUCUUUGCAUAAUCUCAUACCAGCACUUAAAACGCACCGCCGACAAAUGCACCUGUGCUUGGGAAUUCAAGAAACCAUUUUUCUUUUGUUUCAUUAUGCUUCACUGCAUUCAGGCAAAGAUAAAUGAACAAUUUGUAAUUUCAUAUGUGAAAUUACAAAUUAAUGCUGAAAUUUCAUGCUUUAUACUACCACAUGAGAAAUUACUGCAAUCUGAUUGGCUUAGGGCAGUAGUAUUUCAGCUUAAUUUGAAAUACCUACAUGUGAAAAUUACAAACCUUUUGCGGGUAGUAGUAUAAACAAAUAAUAGCAUGAUUUGAACGUGAUAUUUGGCAUAAAUACCACUCGUGAUAUUUCAAAGUUGUCUCAAAUUUCACUCGCCUAACGGCUCGUGAAAUUACGUAUAACAAUUUUGAAAUAUCACUAGUGGUAUUUAUGCCAAAUAUCAUCACUAAUCAUGCUAUUACCUAUACAAAUCUAAGGAGUAAUUCAUCACCAUAUGAUAUUAUGGCAGUCAUUUUUUUUAUUCUUUUAUCUUUGUAGGCAAGAUUGGUAGGCUUAUAUCUGGAAACUAAAGACUACACGAAAGCAUUACAAAUAGGUAAGUAUUGCUGUAAUGGAAAGAGUGAUAGAGCAAGGAAAACUUUAUGUAUAAAGCUAAUAGUCUUUUUUCAAUAGUUGGUCACGUGAUCAACUUUCUGUAAACAAGUUUUUUGUUUUGUUUUGUUUUUAAAUAGUUUUAGCAGGAACUAAAAGAGCACAAUCUCAAAUGUAGUGAUUGCAAGGACUGCCAAAGUUAAAUGGAUUUGUAAAUUAACUCUUGCCAUCCAGUCACAGACUGUUUAGUUGUUUUCUAUACAAAUCCUUGUAAAUUUUGAAAUUUUCAAACUGUUGUAAUACAUUUCUCUUAAGCUUUAUGGGGCCCAAAUUUUCUUUUGUUCAUAGUUCAAAAUUUAAGCCCUGUAAUGCACAAGGGAAAGAUUUUAACAUCAAGUUGAAAAUAUUUUUUAUGUUUUUAUUUUAACCCCUUUAAGCCCCAAAACAAAUUCUCCAAACUGAUCUCUAUAUAUUUCUAUAAAAAAUUAGUUUUUAUUCCUUUUUCCCAGGUGAUCAUUUUAAAAUAUACCUUUUUUUUGGAUAUUGUUAGGAGAAUAUUUCCACUAAAGUAUCUUUUUUAAUUCCUCCAUACUUUCCUCAGGUUCAAAACUUUUGAAGGAGCUUAAGAAACUGGAUGACAAGGCAUUACUAGUUGAAGUACAACUGCUGGAAAGCAAAGUUUACCACAACUUGAGCAACAUUCCCAAAUCCAGGUUAGAAUGGCAGCCUCUCAAGAUCAUUUUGUUGGCGGCAUGAAUUUUGCUGGUCAUCUUUACACAUCCUUUUCUCACAUCAACUACAUCUCAAGUUUCCUUCCUUCUACUUUGCAUAGCUUACAGCUGUGUCUAUGACUAGUUCAUACAUUGACUUGGCAAAGAGCAAAUGAGCUGGAAUAGAUUUGUUUCCUUUUUCAAAGCCUGUAUGGUAAAAUCAAACUGCUCACUAGUCAAUAAACAUAGGAAAUUACACUGUAGUCUUACGUCUAACAAAAAUCGGGAGGGUGAUAUGAAUCUUUUUAUGUCUGAUAGAGCUGCCCUUACUUCAGCAAGAACAACAGGUAAUGGAAUUUACUGUCCUCCAAAAUUGCAAGCAUCAUUGGACCAACAGUCAGGUAUGAUCAGGUUAUUUCUCAUAGUGAUUGUAAAAUGUUAUGAUUGUAAAUACAUUAUUUUAAUCCCUGCUUCUAUAAAUUUAGAAAGCGAAUUAUACAAGUCGUAACUUUUUAGUUUCUAUUCUCCAGGUAUUUUACAUGCUGAAGAAAAGGACUUCAAAACAGCUUAUUCUUACUUCUAUGAAGCAUUUGAGGUACAUACACUGUAAAUGUUAAUGUUAUUGCCUUACCUAAAAAUAAAUAAUUAUUAGUUUUUGUUUUAAAGCGAGGCUAAAUGCGAAGGUAUUGAUAUGAAAAUGAAUUUUUCCUCUCAUGCAAAUAAAACUCAUUUUCACAAGCAAGGUUUUGCACUUAGCCUCUAACAUUUUGAAAGUGAGAGUUUUUUGAACUUGGAAAUAUGGCCCAUUGCUUUGUUGAUUUGCAAGCAUGCCUCCUAGAGAAGUGAAAACUGCUUUUUUAUGAGCCAUUUCCAAGUUUCCCUGGGCUUCUGUAUCAAAAAAUGGUGAAGUGCUCAGCCUUUGAUAUGGAAAUGAUUUUUUGUUCUGAUGCAGAUAAAACUCAUUUUCACCAGAAAAGUUGUGCACUUGACCUCAUUUUGAAAGUGAAGGUUUUUGGAACUCGGAAAUGGCCUGUUGAUCAAGGAAUGGUCAGAUAAACAGCACAUUUUGUAUUUCUAUUUUUGCAGGGCUAUGACUCCAUUGACAACCCCAAAGCUGUGUCAGCACUAAAAUAUAUGCUUCUGUGCAAGAUCAUGCUUAACAGGUUAGUUAGAAUAUGGUAUCACCAAGAUCUGUCUCAAUCUGAAAUCCAUCAAAGGUGUUUCUCAUUUUCUACUUUGCGAGAAAUCUGAGGGAAAUAUUCUCUAGUGUGGAAAUUUUCAUGGCAGAUUGCAUUGGCAUAAUUUCUUUUAUUAUGUCUCAUCUUUUUAAUGUGUGAAUGGGGUACUCUUUUGUUAAAUUUUUUGUUUUUACCAAUGUUUAUUUUGUCAAAAAAUUUAACUACUUUUUUAAGUGCUUUUCAUCAACUAUACAUAGAUAAUACAUAACCAGAUGAAGAUGUUUGCUUUAUUUUUUCCAAUUAUUAAAUUUUUUAUAUAUUAUUUAUUUAUUUAUGUUUGUUUGUCCUUUUUUCAGCCCUGAUGAUGUUCAAUCAAUAAUCAGCGGGAAAUUGGCACUGAGAUAUUCAGGAUCACAGGUAAGCAAAAUAUUAAUCCUGCUGUGUUUAACAUUGAAUUAACCGUCAGUGAAACGUUACGACUAUCAGUGAACAUGGAUGUCAUUUCAAGAGCCUUUUUGGGCUUUAAUUUUACUCACCAAAAUUUUUUUUACCACCAGAUUUCAAAUUUUUGCUCUGAAAAAAAAAGGCAAAGACAUGGAGUCGUAGUUUGCGAAAAAAGUAGAAAAAAGAACAGUUUUGAGUUAACUGUGGUGUCGCUCUACAUCUGAACUUUUAGGGCCAAAAAGCCUGCCCUAGGGAUUUUUUUUUUUUGGGUCUUGACUUUUGGCUCCAUUCUAUCAUCCCUGAGUGAAAAGUCCACUUAAUUUACAGAGCAAUCACAUUUUGUGUGUUUAACCAAAAGCAUUUGCAAUUUUUCACAAAAUAGUCUGUUGAGGAAACAGCAUGUUUUUCAGUUUUUGUAGCCCAACGUUUCAUAGCACACUUUGUGGGUUCAUGCAAAUGUAAGAAAAAUAACUGGUUUUUAAAUUAAUUUUAUGUUCAUUUUUCAGUUGAUUGCAAUGAAGAGUAUUGCCAAUGCAAGCCACAAUAGGUCCCUAUCAGAGUUCCAACAGGUAGUGUUAUGUAUUAAGCAUAGCUACUGUAGAUGCAACUACUGCAAAUGCUUCUAUGCAGGGCUCAAAUUAAUUUGUAAGACUGAUGCUGGUCAUGUUGACAAGCCAAAGAAAUUUUGUCAAAGGUCAUUUGGCAUUUACAUGGGCAAGCCGGUUGGUUCACAGUUUGGGCAAAUCGUAAUCAAAAGUCAGGGCCGCUAAAUUUCAUCCCGAAAUCACGUUUACCAUUUGUACAGAGCGUUCCAUUUGUCAAAAAAUGGGCAUGAAGGCCUAAAACUGGUAUCAAAGAAUGCUUUGAAGAAAUGGAACGUGAAUUUCCUUAUGCCUUGGACAUUCGAAACAGGACUACCUGUUCAGAUGUUAUGUUGCUACAAGAAAGUUCCCACUGGAACGACUUAAAAUAGUCAUGUUCCAUCUUACUCCCUGGCCAGUUUUUCUGGAAACUUUUUGUAAAUGGUAAGCACCCUCAAUCACUAAGAUAUUAUUUGUAAUAUGUAUCAAGUAACGUUCUUUUAUUACAAGUAGUUGUUCCUGUUUCAAUGCUUCACAAUCAGUAUUUGUUUUUCUUUGUUGAAGGCUCUCAGCACUUUUAAACAGGAGCUCACUGAGGAUCCUAUUAUAAGGGUAUGUGUGUGCCAUGAAUGCAGAAUUAUGUUGUAUAUCUCAAUGUUAUUGUGCUGUACCUUUUUCAAAGGUUGGACUAUGAGUUUAAGUGACGCUUACCAUUGUCAGAGCUGGCUGGCUGGACUAAUGCAGUUAUAAAGAGAGUUCCACCAUUAAUCAGUACUUUUCAGCCAGAAAUUCAAGAUAAAACUACUCUUUCAGUUUGAAAAUAACCAGUCCAGCCAAUUCGGAUAUUUGGAAAGUACCCUAAGUGAGGCAAAAAAGGUGAAUGAUGGCGCUAGUGCUAAGAAAGAGGCUAGGCUAGUGAGGGACUGAGGAGGGGAGGGAAGGGGCACCACCAUUUCCCCUCUUCCGACUCCCUUAUCAAGCUUCACCUGCCAACAGAUCAGCUCAAAUUAUCAAAACCAUUUCCCAUCUUGGGAGCCUGGAACCCUUAACCUUUACCAGAGCUAGCUGUAUCUCUAGUCUGGAUAAAAUCUUCAACCAACUGAUCAGCCAACAGACCCAAACGCUCUGAUUUAUAUAUCCUAUCCUAGAAAACUGCUUGAAAACCAUACCCUUCACAGCAGCACAUACCUAUAUGAGGCUGGGAGUCUGGGAGGAGUAAAGCAAAAGAGAUGAAUUAUUCAGCCUUGAAUCUUAAUACGAUUUCUUUGUUUAUACCAUUCAUCCUCAGAGCCGAGUAUGAGUUUUAACAUGUUUUUAAAACAAAAGUAGCCUAUUUUUUUUGCACUACUUACCCCUUUAUUUACUUUUUCCAGUUAAGUUUGAGUUGACUGUUUGACUCUUGGUUUUUUUCUUCUUUCGUCUUGAUCAUUUUCUAAACUUUUACUUUCCUUCUCUUUCUUGUAGACCCACUUAGAUGCACUGUAUGACAAUCUGUUGGAACAGAACCUCAGCAGAAUUAUAGAACCAUUUGCUCGAGUUCAGGUACAAAACUCUGUCCUAUCCAAACGCAACAGUUCAAUUAAUGGUACAGCAUAUAGUUAACAGUUAGUCUGCAUAACUGGCGGGAAAGUUAUGCGCCUGGUACUUUCUUUGCGGCAUCAUAAGGGAAAAUUAGCUGAUUGCAUCUACAAGUAAAUGGAAGGCUUAACACUUUUACUCGAUAACAAACAAUUUUCAAUUGCUUAGAACUCAUAUCAUUUCAAUGAUUGCGGACAAAAACAGUCAGUAGAAGAAAGCAGGAACUGUUGUAUUUUACGUGUCAUAACUGUGUAUUAUUUCAUUUCAGAUUGACCACGUGGCCAAACUCAUUGAUUUACCACUGGUAAAUAUAUCUAUACCGUAUUGUAAUGUAGGAACAAAUUUUCCAUCCACAAGUAAAAACUAUAGUUAGUUGGUAGUUUCCUUGUUUCCUGUAACAAAAAACAAAAAAAACCUGUGGAUUAAGGGACCCUAAGUACCCGCGAAAAAUGUUUUCGCGAUAUUCAAUAGGCUCGAUUACCAGCCGCUGCUCGGGAAUUGAGCCCACGCUCCCUGGGCGUCGCCCUUGAGGAUCCAUCCAAACGAACUUUGUGCAUUUCGUGUAAUUAUUUCUUCACUCACAUUUUCUCUUUUCUCGAAAUUAAGUGCCCGCAAAAAUAAUUAUACAUUUCUAACAGUUGGGUUUUUUUCCCACAAAAUCGCUUUUCAAGGCGCCUGCAUGAUAAUAAUAUUUUCGCACAUGCUUAGGCGAACAAAUUAACAUAUCGAAUAUGAUCAAAUGGCGAACAGACCGCAGGCAAACUGAUCGGUUGCCGUCUCUCCGAACAGACCGUUCUCGAAACUCCCCGACUUUCGUUUCACCUUCUCUGCCCAGUUGACCUACGCAAAAAUACACCCUGUUUUUCGGAAAUUUGUUUGACAAAAAUGGAAGCUUUUGACCGAAGCAAAAAUAAGGCUGUUUGAUGGGUCAAACUUAAAGGCAAACAAUAUCAAUCAACCGAAGAGGUUCAAAUUUGUUAUAUAGCUGGAAAUUUCUUCCCAACAGCACGCUCUCAUUGGUUACUUCGAGGUCACAUGUCAUCUAAGAAUGAAACUGUUUCCCGCCAAAAUCUCUGAGCGGGCAACAUUGCAAAAAAUCUAUGACGUCACACGGUAACAGAGCACUGUUACUCGCGAAUGUUGACCGAACACCGCCGUUACAGCGAGGUUUACUGAAUUUCCAGCUUCAAGAUCUUCAGCUAUAUAACAAAUCACUUAAAGAGUGGUCCCUUUGAAACAAAAUUAACUGUUUCCCUCAGGACCAUUCAUUAAGUGUUUAUUAUUAGUGCUCUGGGUACAUAAUUAUAGAAAAGUUAAUAACAGGUUGACAUUUAGUAAAAAAAAGCACAGCCACUUAGAUUUCGUUUUGUCUGUUUGUUUUUCUUUUACAGAAUGUAGUAGAAAAGAAGCUUUCUCAAAUGAUUCUUGAUAAGAAACUUCAUGGUAAGUUAAUGAACCAAUCCUCAAAAGGAGUAGAAAACUCUUGAAACUGAAGAAAACCUCAAAAUACUAGUCUGAUAACCCUUGGUGCUCUGAAGUCUGACAAAACUUUUUUGGUGUUUUUUUGCUAUUUUAUCGGCUUCACCUCGGUGUAAGAACCCACAACUGACGUAACAGAUAUCGAAUGGAAAAUACUAGAUACAACUGACGUAAACUACCGAAUAAACUUUAACAUUCUACUUGUCUAACACCUCGAACUCUGGAUCUGGAGGUCCGGGGUUCAAGCCACGCCCGUCUCGUUGUUUCCUUAGACAAGGAACUCUACUCCACUUUGUCUCUCUUCAUCCAGGUGUAAAAAGGGUACCAGCGACAUACUGCCGGGGGGUAACCCUGCGAUGGACUUGCAUCCCGUCCAGGGAGGAGUAGCAACACUCCUAGGCAUGCUUCAUGCUACGGAAACCGGAAAUAAGCUCCAGCUGUGUGAACCUUUGGCUCGUGUGCGCCUUUACCUUUUACUUAUUCUAGUUGUUAGGCUCCGAUAGUUCUGUGGUUCUCAUAGCUCUUGUGCUUCUCAUGGGUCUUGUGGUUCUCAUACUCCAUGUGGCUGUCAUAGUUCUCGUGUUUCUUUGGAUCUUGUCGUUCUCGUGGUUCUUGCGCGAAUGUUUUGACGUAAACUGCUGGUACGUCCUGAAGGGAAACAAAGGCAAACGUACAGGGGUGCCCUCGGCAAGAGCUUCAAUUCUAGCAGUCACUACUCCCAAACAGCUCCUUCAAACCGUUUGGCCACAGGUUCUGUCUGUAGAAAAUGGUUUUGCAGAACUAAUGAAGAAGCAUGAAGCACAAGAAGCGCGUCGUUUCUUAACCCGUACAGUUGACGCGGCUGGUCGUACUUCCGGCUACCGUCUUUCCUGCGGAUUGGACGUAGCUGCUCAACCAAUCCUUGCCCCUUACAGGAACACCACGAGAACUGCUAGAAGCAGGUGAACUACAAGAACCCCAACUAUCAGUGUGACAACCACACCGAGUAUGAGAACCACUGAACUAUCGGAACCUGAGAACUAGAAUCUUAUUGUUUAUUUAGUAGUUUAAGUCACUUGUAUCCAGCUUUUUAUAUUCGAUUACUGUAACAUCAGCUGUGAUGUUCUUACAGCGAGGUAAAGCCGAAAAAAUAUCAAACUUGAAACACCAAAAUGGUUUUGUCAAACUUCAGAGGAACUAAUGGUGACGUAGUAUAAAUGAGAUUAACAUGGAUUCGAUUUGAAUUAAACUUCAUCGAUUAGAAUGAACAGUUUAAGUAACGCAUGUUUUUCUUUUCAUAGGCAUUCUGGAUCAGGGAUCUGGAGUGUUGGUUGUGUUUGACGAAACGCCAGUCGAUAAAACGUACGAGAGCACGUUGGAAUUGAUCCACGAGAUGGGAAAAGUAGUUGAUGCUUUGUACAGUAAAGCUAAAAAGCUUCAGUGA